AAAUUUCCUAAUGUUAACCAAUGUGAAUUCGAGGGGCAUGAAAACCAUACUGUUGUUACUGAUAUGGAUGGAACUUUGCUUAUAGGACGUAGUUCUUUUCCUUAUUUUGCAUUAGUAGCCUUUGAAGUUGGUGGAAUUUUAAGGCUUCUUUUCUUGCUCUUGGCCACUCCAUUGGCUGGUCUUUUGUACUACUACAUCUCGGAAUCUGCAGGCAUUCGCGUGCUUAUUUUUGCAACGUUUGCUGGUAUGAAAGUAUCCAGUAUCGAGUCAGUUGCCCGUGCGGUUUUGCCAAAAUUUUACUCGAGCGACUUGCACCCUGAGACAUGGCGUGUUUUUUCAUCGUGUGGGAGAAAAUGCGUUCUAACAGCCAAUCCUCGGAUCAUGGUCGAGGCCUCUUUGAAAGAGUAUUUAGGCGCGGAUUUGGUUAUUGGGACAGAGAUAGCAACAUUUAAAGGUAGAGCCACAGGACUUGUUGCUAGUCCUGGGAUUCUUGUUGGGAAGAAUAAGGCAGACGCUCUUCGAAAGGCAUUUGGCAAUACAGCACCAGAAAUUGGACUUGGUGAUCGAAAAACCGAUUUUCCCUUCAUGGAACUCUGCAAGGAAAGUUACGUCGUUCCGUCAAAGCCAGAGGUGGUGCCCGUGAGCCUCGACAAGUUGCCAAAGCCAAUCGUCUUCCACGAUGGCCGGCUCGUGCAUAAACUAAGUCCUCUAAUGGCACUGCUAACAAUUCUAUGGAUUCCUGUGGGGUUCAUCCUAGCCUGUUUGCGUAUUGCGGCCGGUGCACUCCUCCCGAUGCCGCUAGUCUAUUAUGCAUUUUGGGCGCUCGGUGUACGAGUAAACGUCAAAGGAACCCCACCUCCCCCGCCGAAAAAAUCAAUCGGCCAAUCGGGUGUUCUAUUCAUUUGCUCACACAGAACACUUCUCGACCCAAUUUUCCUAUCAACCGCGCUUGGACGACCAAUCCCAGCAGUCACGUAUUCAUUAUCCCGACUCUCCGAGAUUAUUUCCCCGAUAAAAACUGUUAGGCUAAGCCGGGACCGUAUCAAGGAUGCUAACAUGAUCAAGAAACUCCUCGAAGAAGGUGACCUAGUCAUAUGCCCCGAGGGGACGACGUGCAGGGAACCCUUUUUACUCAGAUUUUCAUCAUUGUUCGCAGAAUUAACUGAUCAACUCGUGCCCGUCGCAAUGUCUAAUCGAAUGAGCAUGUUUCAUGGGACGACGGCUCGAGGAUGGAAAGGAAUGGAUCCCUUCUAUUUCUUCAUGAACCCAAGCCCUGCUUAUGAGGUGACAUUUUUGAAUAAAUUGCCUGAAGAUUUAACUUGCAGUGCUGGAAAAUCUAGCCAUGAUGUGGCUAAUUAUAUACAAAGAAUGAUUGCCGCAACGCUAUCGUACGAGUGCACCAACUUUACUAGGAAGGAUAAAUAUCGAGCAUUGGCUGGAAAUGAUGGUACUGUGGUGGACAAACCUAAGACUAAGCUUGCUGCUAAAAAAGUCAUGGGUUGCUAA